AUGAGUUCAUCAAGUAAUUUCACUAUUGAAGAAUUUCAUACAUUAACCGAAAUAUUAGCAUUAACGGGUGGAGUCUUAAUAUUUCUCAAUGGAAGAAAUAUGACGACUUUAAUUACAUUAACGGUACCAGCAAUGCUUAAUCUUUUGUUUGUACUUGGAGUUAUGAUGCGACAAACUCAACAAACCAAUAAAAGGGAUUUUAGGGAUUGGUUAAAGAAAAAUAUCAUUAUGACAACAAUAAUCACUAUAUUAUCAAUGGUAGAUAUAAUGAUUAUGAAAUUACUCGUAGAUAUUACUUUAUUUAAUCCUGAAGUGAGAAAAUGGAUACUCGUGGCCGGAAUAUUCAAUAGUAUUAAAAAAAUGUCUCAAGUUGUUCUUCUUAUACUAUAUAUCGAGAAUGUAGGAUUAGAUGCGUUAUUAAUAUCGACACUAUUUACAAGCAUUGCAAGUUUAUUAUUCAGUAUUAUCUAUGAAAUAUACGAACAUAUAUCAUCUGAUUCAGAAGUAUCCCAUAUCCCUUAG